CCGCUCGCAUAGUCGCGCUGCUAAAUGGUUCGGGUCAAACCAUUACGGGUCCUGGGGUUGCCUCGAAGGUUUCAUACUCCAUCAUACUACCCGUUAAAUCCCAAACCGGUGAAGAGUUUGCUUUGCAGUUUGCUCAUCAAUGGCGCCUAAAGUUCUCAUGGUGGCAGAAAAGCCCAGCAUUGCUCUGUCGAUUGCGUCUGUACUCUCUGGUGGCCAAAUGUCAACACGGAGGGGUAGUACUGAUGUGCACGAGUUUGAUGGAAUGUUUCUUGGUUCUCGUGCUCAGUUUAGAGUGACUUCAGUGAUUGGUCAUGUGUUCAGUGUAGAUUUUCCAGCAUCAUAUCAAGAUUGGGCAUCUACAGACCCUUUGAGUCUUUUCCAGGCACCAGUUCGUAAGGCGGAGACAAAUCCAAAGGCUCACAUUUGUAGGCAUAUAAGCCAAGAAGCUCGUGGUUGUGGACAACUAGUGUUGUGGUUGGACUGCGAUCGUGAAGGAGAAAAUAUAUGCUUUGAAGUGAUUGAAUGCACUGGAUUUCCAUGGAAUGAUGGGAAAAGAGUUUACCGAGCUCGAUUCUCUUCUGUUACUGAAAAGGAUAUUCUGAAGGCCAUGAAUAGCCUUGUUCUGCCUAACAGAGAUGAGGCAUUGUCUGUAGAUGCACGUCAGGAGAUUGAUCUGAAAGUUGGAGUUGCAUUUACACGUUUCCAGACCAGCUAUUUCAAUGGGAAAUAUGGCAAUCUUGAUGCAAGAGUUAUCUCCUAUGGGCCCUGUCAAACUCCUACCCUUGGAUUUUGUGUAGAACGCUACCUGCAAAUUACCACAUUCAAGCCGGAGAAGUUUUGGAUGGUGCAUCCAUAUAUAAUGUAUAAGGGAUAUGAACUUAAAUUAGGAUGGGAACGCAACAGGUUGUUUGAUGCAGACGUUGCUAUGAUGUUUCGGGAUGUAAUAAAAGAAGGUGGAAUCAUGAAAGUUGUUCGUAUAUCUGAAAAUCAUGAGUCCAAAGCUCGCCCUUCUGGUCUGAACACAGUUAAUCUUUUAAAGGUUGCUUCAAGUGCAUUAGGCUUUGGCCCGCAUUUGGCUAUGCAAUUAGCUGAGCGUCUAUAUACACAAGGUUUCAUCAGCUAUCCACGCACAGAAAGCACAGCUUAUCCUUCUUCUUUUGACUUUAGAGGCACACUUGGGGCAAUGGGACGUAAUCCUGUUUUUGGUGAUUAUGCACAGAAGCUGUUAUCUGAAGGUUAUCCUAAGCCACGGGCAGGAACUGAUGUAGGCGAUCAUCCUCCAAUUACACCAAUGCGUUCAGCUGCCGAAGAUACGUUGGGGAAUGAUGCUUGGAAGCUCUACCAGUAUAUUUGUCAGCAUUUUCUUGCAACUCUAUCUCCAGAUUGUAAGUAUAAAAGGAUAAAAAUUGACUUUGAAUGCGGUGGAGAGUUCUUUAAUUGCAUUGGGCAUCUUGUCACUGCAAAGGGAUUCACAUCCAUUAUGCCUUGGCUUGCAAUUAGUGAGAAAAACCUCCCUGAGUUCAGUGAAGGGGAGAAAAUAGCAAUUUCAAAAGUUGAAUUAGAUGAGGGAAACACUUCGCCUCCUGAUCACCUCAGUGAAAGUGAGCUGAUCUCAUUAAUGGAGAAACACGGAAUAGGAACUGAUGCAUCUAUUCCUGUCCAUAUCAACAACAUAUGUGAACGCAAUUAUGUCCAGGUACAGGCUGGAAGGAGAUUGGUUCCAACUCCUUUAGGUAUCAGCUUGAUAAGAGGCUAUCAAUGUAUAGAUCCCGAUCUCUGUUUGCCUGACAUUCGCAGCUUCAUAGAGCACCAGAUCACUCUUGUAGCUAAAGGUCAAGCAGAUCAUUCUUUGGUUGUGCAGCAUGUACUGGAACAAUUUAAAAGGAAGUUCAGCUAUUUUGUUAAGCAGAUUGAAAAUAUGGAUGCAUUGUUUGAAGCACAGUUUUCUCCUUUGUCAGAGUCUGGGCGCCUAUUGAGUAAGUGUGGCAAAUGCUUGCGCUACAUGAAGUAUGUAUCUACGCAGCCAUCGCGACUAUACUGCAAUACGUGUGAGGAAGUUUAUUAUGUUCCUCAAAAGGGAGCAGUCAAGCUCUACAAGGAACUAACAUGCCCUCUGGAUAAUUUUGAGCUACUAUUGUGUAGCAUGCCUGGCCCAGAGGGCAAGUCAUUUCCUUUCUGUCCUUAUUGCUACAACUGCCCCCCGUUUGAAGGCAUCGACACACUAUUUGGUGCCCCCAAAUCAGGUGGUACCGCUGGGGCUGCCAAGCUGGGGAAGGGAGUUGGAAUGCCUUGCUUUCUGUGUCCGCACCCAACGUGUCAGCAUUCCAUGAUAACGCAAGGGGUCUGUGCCUGCCCAGAAUGCAGUGGAACACUUGUCCUUGAUCCAGUUAGCGCUCCCAAAUGGAGGCUAUAUUGUAAUACAUGCAAUUGCCUCGUGUUUCUGCCCGAAGGGGCCCAUCGGAUUGCCACCACUAGAGACCGGUGUCCAGAAUGUGACUCCACCAUAAUAGAAGUCGACUUCAACAAGAAAACAACUCCGUUGAAGGAUGGAAGCACGCUUCAUAAGGGGUGCAUUCUCUGCGACGAGCUUCUGCAUUCAAUCGUGGAAAUGAAACACGGGAAAUCGUUUUCUAGGUAUUCAAGGGGAAGGGGAAGGGGAAGAGGAAGAGGAAGAGGGAGGGGACGUGGGCGAGGCGGUAGAAAACAGGAUCCCAAAAUGAGUUUCCGAGACUUCUAGCUAGUUAGUACUAUUGAGUUUUAUGUGUCACUGGUUUUUCAUUAGAGUAUGCAAAAUAGGGUAAAAUUAUUCGUUGUAAUAGUAUACUAGUGGAUGGUUUGGCCACUUUUCUUUUUUAGCUUUCAUACCCUUUGUAUUGGAAAAAAAA